AUGGACUCAGAAACGCUCAAGCAAUCAUUAAGAGACCUAGUCGCGCGGUCCCAGCCAUACAUCAAACAAGCGAGCGGUCACAUUCUAGCAUCGCGGGAUCACUGCGAAUCAUUCUUGAAAUCGGCGCAUCCAGAACUUCGAAGAUUUCUCGAGGAAUCUCGUGGCAGAGAAAUCCUUCCUGCAGUCCUUCUACUCAUUUUCCUUACGCUCGGUCUAUCCUCGUACAUUCGCAGCCGACGCAAGCCCAAUAGCAUUCGUCCUUCGACGCCUACCAUCGAAAAGGCCUCUUCGACUUUUGCCAAGCCGACUCGCAAACCAGGAACUUGGGAACCGUCGUCGUUCAAGUUUCCGACUCCCCCUCCCUACCCAGACUGGUCGAUAACAGAAACAAAACCCCUGCCGUAUCGACCGUUUAGACAUGGGCCCAAGUACUUUGUGACCAUGGGGCUUCGCAAUGUCAAGCACCAAGAAUGGAUCGAGCUGGACAACCAUUAUCCACGCUACCACGACGACAAGGCACGCCGUAUCAUCGAACGGGGACCUAAAUGCUGCAGGACGGCCCCGGAAGCGCUCCCUGCGGCUCUCGAACUCCUCGAGGAGCUGUCGUCGUACCUACCUGCGCGCUACCCGACGCUGUACAAACGCACAGAGACGGGCAUCCUGAACCUCUGGUCGAACGAGCACGUCGACACCACGUCCCGGCCCCUACCAGAAGACCCGAUGCAGUCGUGCGCGCGGCUCGUGCAGGACGACCUGGCCAUCAUGAUCGAGCGGCCCGACGGGCAAUACUACCUCCUCGCCGGGGCGAUCCUGCUCGCCGGGUUCUGGAGGCUCGAGGACAAACUGGGCAUGCCGCUGUCCGAAAUCCACACGUCGGGCGACGUGCCACAGUACCGCGAGAAGCUCGAAAAGGGCAUGAUGAACUUCUUCCGCCGGCUGAAGCCCGAAGAGCUCGUCGCGCGCAACAACUACUUUCUCCAGGUCGACGAGGACCUGGCGUGGAGUCACUCGAUCGGUUCCGAGGACAGCGACGGCAUCAGCUGGAACACGGCCGAAAAGAACCGCGCCAUCGAGCACCACUAUUUCCGCUCCGAGCGCCAGACCCUGCGCCGCCUGCCCAAGUCCGGCGGCGUCGUCUUCACCAUCCGCACCUACUUCCACCCCAUCACCGAGAUCGCCGAAGAGGACUACGUGCCCGGCAGGCUCGCGAGCGCCGUCAGGAGCUGGGGCAGCGACGUGUCGCGCUACAAGGGCAAGGAAAAGUACGAGGAGGUCUUGCUGGAGUACUUGGACAAGAAGCACCAGGAGCAACUUGACAGGGGGUUGAAAGUUGAAGAAGAAGAUGAUCGAAGGAGUUAUCCUUGGUGA